AGAAAGGCUAUCUUCCAGAUUUCUCCGAGCAAGAAAUUAUCGAUUGUUCUUGGGGAUUCGGAAAUCGGGGUUGUAGAGGUGGCUACCCACAUAGGGCCAUGCAGUGGAUUUUAAAACAUGGUGGCUUGGCAAGAGAGAAUAAUUAUGGAAAAUACUUAGCACAGGUACUGUUCUAAAUUUACCACUAUUAAACGCCAUUAGGUUAGGGUUAUAGGGAAAGCAAGUAGAUUGAAAAGUUUAUCAUGACAUUGUUCAUGGUAAGCAACACUUCAAUUUCAAAACAUAUUGUGCUUGGAACACACCUACAGUAUAUGUUUCAGAAAUUCAUUGUUGUAUAGUUAAAAGAACUAAUUUUUCAACUAUUUUUUCCACUUUUAUACAAAGAAAUUUUAAAAAUAGAAAUGAUUGUGUAGCAAUACUUGACGCAGGCAACGCGACCCUGCGUUCAAUAUCAGCCAAUUGCUAAUGUUUGAUGUUGAAUCAAUAUUUGGAAACUAUUGGCGAGGGGUUACUGCACACAUGUAUUUCCAGUUAUUUUAAGAAUAAUUCAUUAAUCUGGACAUCGUUUGUUCUUUAAUGUCGAAUCAGUUGUUCGAAAUAUCAUCGACCAUACUCCUUUUUUCAUUUUAAACUUUGGAAUUCCACCGUUGCUCUCGACCGUUUGAGAAAGGAACCUCUUGUUUUGUCAUGUAGAAUAAUAUGAACUUUUCUCCUUUUUAGGAAGGAUAUUGUCAUUUUAAGAACGUCAGUAUUGGUGUUCGUGUAGACUCGUACAUGAAUAUAGGUAAAGAAAAUGCGACUGAGUUGAAGCAAGCUAUUGCACAAUAUGGACCAAUAAGCGUGCUGAUUAAUACCCAACCCAAGUCAUUCAAGUUCUAUAGCUCUGGAAUAUAUUAUGAUCCAGAAUGUUCAGGUAAGCUUACAUUUUAUAUCGAAUUUCCACUUGAUAAUUUCCAUCUAUUAUUCAAUCAAGUGAGACGCCAACAAAAUCUUGAUAUUUACCCAUACCUUAACAUGGCAGUUAGAACUCGACAACUGGCCUCUAUAGCUCAGUAGGCUAGAGCGCUGCACCGGAAGCGCAGGGCCGCAGGUUCGAUUCCUGUCAAGAACCUACAGUUGAAUUUUUUGCAGCUGUUCUUGGUAAGGUCUAAUAAAUGUGUGUAGAAUUUCCACUCGAUAAUUUCCAUUCACAACAGUGCAUUUUUUAAGGAUUCUUCAGUGGUGGGGCAAAACUGCCAAGAGGCCCAUUUUCUCCUUGCCCUCCCCCCAGGAUAGUAUGUAAUCGCCGAAGGUGUGAGCCGAGUACCGCAGGCACGGGUUAGCUAGGGGGUCUGGGGGCAUGCCCUCCCCCCUCCCCAGGAAAUUUUUAAAAUUUGGGUUUCUGAAAUAGCAUUUCCUGCAUUCUGAGAACACAUUUUAAAAAAAUCUCAGCUUCUCAAAACAAUUAAAGUAUUAAUAAUUUCAAUUUGUAAUAAAUUGCAUGCUAAACAUUCAAACACAACAUAAAAUUUAAGUAUAAUCACCAACAAAUUUUGUUUUUUAAAAUUCUUUUCAAUGUUAAACUCAUUUACUCAAUACAGGACUUAGGGCCCUGGCUUUGGGGCAAUAGGCCAUUUUUUUCUUCAGUGGUGGGGCAGAGGAAGGGGCCCAGUGGGGAAAAUGCGCGCCCCACCAGUCCAUGGUAUUAAAAGUGCCUUGACUCACAAAACCCUCCAACUGUAUAUUAUUCGAUCGAGUGAGAUGCGAACAAAAUCUUGAUAUUUAAGCUUUUUUAACAUGAAUGAUACCAUUAUUAUAAAUAACUUAAUCAUUUUUAAUGCCUGUCAAUUAUCUUCAAUAAGGAUAAAUUGAAUGUAUCGGGGAAACCAAAAACAGAAUUUACGAUUCCCCUAAACAUUGGCACCCAAAAUCUGUAAAUGUCAAUCUAGCUAAAAUUAAACUAAAAUAACUACGAAAUAAAUAGUAAAAAUAAUCAACACAUGUAGCCAAGGUUGAAGUCGAUAAUGAAGCAGUUAUAAUAAAUUUAGUCUGAACAGUUGCCUCCUAAAUAACGAGAGCGAUUCUAAACGUUGUGUCUAAAAAUACCGAAAAUGAAGCCACAGAGGCCCAAAAAAACAAAAAAUUUCUAGAGGUGGUGUCCCUGAAAGAUCCCGUUUUUCAUUUCACCACCUCUUUUUAGGUCCUUUUUUCGUGAUACCCCCUCCCCCCACUGACAAAUUCGUAAAAAGGCACUGUUUCUUGCAGUGUGUCAGUAAAUCAGACCACAGGCUUACACAAAUAAUUAUUUUUAAUUUGCAACGUUUUGGAGUAUAACUAGAGCCGUCGGGAAAAGCUUUAUCAGGGAGGGUGUAUAUAUUGUAUUUGCCGAUAUCACUAAAAAUUUGGCGACCAAAUUUUCCGAAACAUGUGUCACACUGAAAUAUUUAAAUGUAUAGCAAGAACGUUUUGAAUUUUUGCGCAACAUUUCACGUCAUUGUAAACGACUCAAAACAUCGCAUAAAAUACCCAAACGAAAAUGAAUUUCAGGAACCCGAAAUUCUUAUUUUUCGUACUACGAGAUAUGAUCAACUGAUUUUGCCAAGAUUUCCUGUCGCACAACUUGUCUAAAGGCUAUAUAUAUAUACUAGCUUAAUUUUGAAUUGAACAAGUGAUAUUGUCCUAAAAAAAAUAGCAAAUUUCAAAAUUUUCUCGUCUGUGCGGGUCUAAAAUGCGUGGGGUUUCUGUUUGGGCUUGGGUGACGCAGUCGUUACAGCAAACGCCUUUCACCUCUGAGAUCGUGGGUUCUAUUCUCGCUAUACGGCUGAUGUGAAAAAAGUUAGUCAACGCUCUGCCGAAUUGAAAGUCGUGGGUUUUCUCUGGGUGCUCCGGUUUCCUCCCACAGGGCAAGUUUGCGGGGUGGGUUAGGAUAAACAGAGUUAGGCAAGUAGUAUCUCAAUUGUUGUAAAGAUAAAUAGUCUAGGCUAGGUGAGUAACAUGAGCGUAAUAUAUACUUGAUGUAACCGAUCACUGAAAGCCCCAAUCAGUGUGAGCGAGCUGAAUAAUAAUAUAUUAAAUGUAAUGUAAUGUAAUGUAAUGUAAUGUAAUGUAAUGUAAUGUAAAAUAUGAUUAAUUAUUUUGAGCACUUGGAUUCGGCUGGACAAGGGGUAUAUUGUUGCAGUGGCUACUGUUGCAGUCACAAACUAAAAACCUGCAGUAUGAAAACUUUUCAUAGAAAACUUUCUCGUCUGUAAUAGACUUAAACCUCUAGACAGAAGACAUUUAAUACCUUCAAGCAUUUUAUCUAUUUUCUUUAGGCAGUAACCUCGACCAUGCUGCCUUGGCCGUCGGAUAUGGCGCAGAAAGAGGCAUUCCUUACUGGUUGAUAAAGAACUCAUGGUCAAAAGCUUGGGGUGAGUCUGGAUAUAUCAAAAUUGCUCAACGAAAUGAUAAUUGUGGGGUUACAUCCAAAGCUGUUGUCGUCAGGAUUAAAUAAAAAGGACGGGCGUGGCAUUGUCUAAAACGUGGAAUGGACAUCUGGAAUAACUGAAACAUAUUAAAAAUGUCAUGAAUUGGCCUUGCGUGGAAUAGCUUGACUUUUUCAUUCUUUGUGUGCAGGAGAGGAUCCAGACACGGUUAGAUUAUUGCGAACGUGAUUUGUGAAAAUUCGUUAAUGAGGAUGAAAUAAUGCUGAUUAGUAAUAAAAUGAAC